CUCUUCUUGUCGCCGUGAUGGAACCUUCUCAAAACCCCAGCAAGCGACUUUGCGGAAUCCAAAACCCAAACCCUAAUAUUCUCCCUAAUGUCCCCGGUUUCGAACAGAGCCACGUCGAUCUGAUGAUCUUCUCGUUCCUCUCGUUGCCGGAUUUGCCUUCGUUAUCCUCGCCGCUCCCCCUCAGCUCCUCCUUCGACCGAGCGGUUGAGAAAUUGUUCGAAGCUUCUGGCGAUGACUCCGUUCAAGAUCUUCUCACUGAUCGAGCAUUCCAACUCGCUUCUAUUCUUCAAGAUUCAACCAAUAGGUUUUUCCGAAAGCGCGCUUAUCUCCACAGUUCCAAUUCAUGGUCACUCUGCCAUAACCUCACCGUUAAGGUCUUUUCGAUGGUUGAUACAAAAUCUCUGAUGCAAGUUUCAGCUUGUUGUACUAUGUUCAAAAAAUGUGCCAUGGACUCUCUUUGUUACUCCCACAUUGACUUGACAAGUGUAGUAGAUGUUAGAACUAGUGUUGUGUGUAGUAUGCUCCUUAAUGCUGGAAAAGAACUCAGAUCCCUAAAAUUUGGUUGCUCGGAUAGAUCUACGAAAUCUUUGCUUUCAGAGGCUUGUCUUGUCACACUAUCCUAUCAGGAUGGUUUUCUUGGGAAUCUCUUGGGAAGCCUACACAUAUACAUUCUCAAAUGGUUGGACGAGGAGUCCUUAUGUCGUGCGUUAUCGGGUUGUCAUUAGAUAGCGUAUUAAAUUGUCUCACAAGAAAAUGUCAGCAUCUGUUCUUAGAGAAAGAGUUUGGAUAUGCUAAACCGUACCGUAUAUGUGGUUUGUCCUUUGAAAGAAACUGCCCCAAUAUGACUUCACUAUCAGUUAUAGGUUUUGACCUAAGUGAUAAAAACGCCUACCUCCUUAUUAAGGGUUUGCGUAAGCUUAAGUACCUGAACCUAUCCAGAACAAAGAUAAUCACAGGACUCUUUUUGAGGGAUGUAAGCCGUGAUGACUGCAUAGACUCUCUGCUCGAGACUCUGAUAUUGCGAGAUUGCAAUUCUCUAGAGGAGAGAGAUGUUUGCCUGUUUUUGAAUUCGUUACUCAUAGGAAACUUCAGAUUCAUUCGACACAUUGACGUUUCAAAUGAAGCCGGAUUGAUUUAUGGCAACAAGCCAUGUAGCAAACCACUGUUUCCUCUGGAAAAGCUGAAUGAAGAAAGACCAGGGAUCACUUUUGUGGCAGAAUUUAGAACACCACCACCAGCAGCAGCAGCAUCAUCAUCAUCGUCAUCAUCAUCGUCAUCAUCAUCAUCAUCAUCAUCUUCAAGCUUAGGAGAUUCUUCCUCUAGCAGUGGAACUGACGACGAUGAAGACUGAAGUGUGACUUGUGAAGUUGUGAUAAUUGUCUUGUCUUCUUUUUUUGCGAAGACAAUAUUUAGGCAGUAAUUUUUUUUUUAUAACUUUAAACCAAUAGACGAGUAGUAUUAAAACUUUUGUUGUGUGGUAAAUCCACUGAGUCGACGAUCUUCAGAAAUGCAAAUUCAGUUAUAUCGCGCUCUUUCAUGGCGAACUCAGCAGCAACGUACAUACUUGAAUGGACUCAAAAGAAGAAGAUGCAUCGCAAACAUU